AUGAGGUUGUAUAUGUUGGUGUGUGUUGUAAUGGUGGCUAUCAUGGCUAUGCACACAAUGGGAAGCAUGGAAGAUGAUGAGAAAGAUUGUGCUGAUCAACUAACAACUUUAGCUGCAUGCAUUCCUUACGUUAGUGGAACAGCAAAGGUACCUACAAAACAAUGUUGCGAGGAUACUCAGAAGGUUAAGGAUGCUAAACCUAAGUGCUUAUGUGUACUCAUCAAGGAAAGUACCGACCCUUCCAUGGGACUGCCUAUUAACACAACAUUAGCCCUGAAAAUGCCGUCCGCCUGCAAUAUCGACGCCAAACCAUCUGAAUGCCCAACUUUGCUAAAACUAGCACCAGACUCUCCUGAUGCAAAGAUCUUCAAAGAUCCAAAUGCAAAAGAAGAUUCAACAAGCACGACAACUUCACCAUCGACCACUACUACCCCAGCUUCAGAUUCUACUCCAACUGGUUCUUCUUCUACAACUUCUGGUUCCGGAACGGAUUCUGGUUCUGGUACUUCAAAGACCACUACAACUAGUACAAACAAUGGAUCAAAAAUGAAGUUAUUCAGCAAGGGCAUUGUGAAGGGAUCGAAGAAACAUUUGAAGAGGCUUAACGCCCCUAAGCAUUGGAGGCUUGAUAAAUUGGGUGGUGCUUUUGUGACUGAUAGAGUAGUUUGUUGUUUAAUACUAGAUUUUAAUGGGUAUUUUGGAGAGGCGUUGCUCUGCUCUAGCUAA